AUGGCGCCGGGUUCAAGUAAUUAUUUACCAGGGCUGGUGGUUUUGGCCCUGAUUUCCUUCAGUUCCAUUGCCCCUGCAAAUGCCAUUUCAUGCACACAGGCCUUGACAGAUAUGCUGCCGUGCCAAGCAUUUCUGAUGGGAAUUGGUGAUGUUACUGUCCCUUGUUGCCAGGGGGUUCAGGCUUUGAUACAAAGUGUCUCUUCUCAAGCAGACCGUAAAUCUGUUUGCGAGUGUCUUAAACAAGCAGCAUUCUCGGCUAAUGUUAAUCAAGAACGAGCAAAGGAACUUCCUCAGCUUUGCAAAAUUGAUGUCCCCAAACCUUUUCAAAGAUUGCAAUGUGUACGACUCAAUGACAGGAAGGUGAUUCAGGCUGUAGUGUUAACAGAAGGGAAAACUCCAAUGCAAGGACAGUGCGAUACAUGUGGAAAAUCAGAAACUUUGCUAGUCUUGUAUAUGGAUCAAAAUGAAUUAAUCAAAUGA